AUGGAUCCCAAUUUUCCCAUGAACGUGAAUUCCAAUAUGGACUAUUUCUACGACGACAAUCUCAAUCUGAAUUAUCCUCAAGUCCAGGUCUCUCAUCCACCCCAAUUUCAGUAUCAGUCCCAACCUCAGAUUUCGACCCAGCCUUACCACCACCAACGCCAGCAACAACAACGCGAGCCUAUCCCUAAUCUCCAACAUCAAUUGUCCUACCAGAAUCAACCUCGACCACCACGCCCUCCAAGCCUUCAGCCUUUCUCGACCACUCAAUACCCUCAGCAGCAGCCUUAUGUUCAAUCGCUGCCGCAGAGUUAUCCUCAGUAUUAUCAAAAUCAAACCCAGCCCUCUCGCAACGACUUCGCCCAAUUUCAACAACCUUUGUAUCAACAGCCGUCCUUAAACUCACAUACAGAUCCACGCCAUCCUCAGCGGCAUACUCAUCACUCCCAACAGAUUGUGACCCCACAAGCUCAGCGAGCACCGCAACAUAUUCAGCAACAUCAUCAGCCACCGCCUCCUGUCCAAGUCCCUAUUCAACCGCCAGUGCCGCCUCCACACCACAAGAACCAGCCAUCACGAUCACCCGCUCAGCCGAAUUCCGAGAUUGUCAUACCUACUCAGAAACACCGAUCCCCAUCCAUUCAGUCACACUCAUCCUUCCAACAGCCUAUUCACCCUCAAUCUUCAACGCGUCGUGAGCGCGAGGUCGAAAGACAGCUCUCAUCAGCGAAGCAAUCUCGUCCUCAAGAGCCACAGCAUUCCCCAAAGUUGAAACAAGAAUAUGUUAUUAAACCUCAAUCGAUAAGCAGUCAGCCCCUUAACACUACAGUCUCGCUUGAAGAGAUACAGAAGAAACCGCCUAGGCCACCUCUAGCAGCGAUAUCUGACCAAACACAGAGCGCAACGCCUCAGAGCAAGAAUGGUGUCUUACAAGCUGUCGUGAUCAAUACCACCCCCAAACAGCCCGUCAUGAAACCCCCGGAAUCUCAGCCCGACUACCUUGAGCCUGAAUAUCCCACUCUGCUAUGUGCUCUUGCAGAGGACUACCUGGACAUGGCACGAAAGCUGCCUGAGGUAACCGAUGAAUAUCAGGAGCUAGUAGCACUGGCUCUUGGCUGUCUUGAAUCGGCUCUUUCAAAUCUCAAGCUCCAACCCCUCAAAGAAGCUCAGACCUCCCUUCGAUAUGCACAAGUUCUCUACGAGGAGACCGAAAAUUAUGAUGAGGCUGAAACGCAACUUAGUAAGGCCAUUGAAUUGUGUGAGCGUCACAAAUUCAUCGAUAUCAAAUAUGAGCUACAGCUGUUACUGUCAAAAGUGCUAUACCAAUCGAAACCGAAAGCUGCACUGAGAGAUAUACAGAGAAUGAUUGACGACAUUGAAGCGUAUCGCCAUACUGCUUGGCUAUAUCUGUUUCGAUUCCAACACGCCAUGUUCUCAUUGGCCUCUUCAUCACUUGGUGAUGUUCACAGUUCCACAUCACAGUUAUCCAAAAUCUCCAAUCUCGCUCGCCAAAACUCGGAUCCUGUCAUGCUCGCCUUCGCUGCUGUGGUUGAAUCGUUGCUACACCUUUCCAGUUCCAACCAGGAGGCAAUUGUUGCCACCCAGACAACCCUGGCUAAGGCUCGAGCAUUACAGCUCAAUCCUGACGUUGAAGCCAUUCCUCAAAUGACUAUUAUCAUGGAAUUCAUUGAUCUUGCAACAAGCAUUCAAGAGGGGAAUAUUGUCCAGACAGAGCAAAAGCGCAAAAUUGUGCAGAAUGUUCUCUACGAAGCAAUCGGCCAUAAUAACUGGCGUGACGAUGGUUUUAUCUAUCUCCCCAUCUCCAAACGCUCCUUGGCAGGCGUUCAAGUCUCAACGAACGGGCACAUAUUCGAGAAAAAUGGAAAACAUUUUAUGGGCUUUUUAUGGUUAUUGAAAGAAGAAGCUGAAGCCUUGGGUUUCCUAUUCAGCGCUGACAGCGCCGCUCAUAAAAAUGGCCACGAUGGGAAGGCCGAAAAAUAUGCGAAAACUGGUCUUGCCCUUGUACGAGGCUGGCAACGACCUGGAAUCGCUGAGAACUACGAACAAUCGGAUCGUGCAUUCAUCGGAAAUAAUCUGCUGGAAGCCCAGUUCCUCUUUCUAAUCGCUUUCAUGCAGUGCUCAAUGGGCAAAUGGGAGAGGGCUGAACGGGUUAUUGCUGAGCUGUCUCGGAUAUCGGAAAGCCUUGGUGUUAACUUCCCAUCCAGCAUGGUGUCUGGUAUGCUCUAUCUGAGGGGCGUCAUCCUACAGGGUAUGGGCGACACAACAGCUGCAUUGACAGUCUAUCAGUCAGAUACUCUCAGACUGGUUCUACAGCAUACUACCCCUACUCAAGGGCUCAAAACUCACCAGAAGAUCUCGCAUGCCUACUACACAGACUCUGAUGCCACUAAAAACUUCCGUCUACUUGCAGCCAUGAAUUCUGCAUUCAUUAUCCAAAAUCCACAGCACCCACAGCAUCAUCAACUUUCAGUGCUCCUGAGCAACAUAAGACCAGUUGCAGAGAAUUCUGCAAACAAAUACAUACAGGCUCACUAUUCGCUUAUGAAAUCCAUCUUGUCUACCACUACCUUGACCGUCAAGCAAUUCCUAAAAAGUGCCAUGGAUGCUGGAAAAGCAACAGGAAGCACGAUGACCACUGCACUUGCUUUGAUAUACAUGCAACAAAAGAUGUUCCGAGGAACUGUGGAUGAGCAAGCAUUGAAGUGCGCGAAAGCAGCAAGCCACCAAACUAGAAGGUGGGGUGAGCCUAUGUGGAUCCACGUGGCUGCUGGACUAGAGGCAGAGGCUCUUGAGAUCAAUGGCUUCCCAGCAGAAGCAGCGAAGAAGGAAACUGAGGCGGAGUCACUGUGGGAUGAGUUGCCCGAACGUGUCAAGAAUGGUGGGUGA